CCGCUAUCUCCGGCACUUCAUCCACUACCAAUCUCUUUAUUUCUCCAUACUCAGCCCUCACUCCGUCAUUGCCUCGAUCUACACUAAGUAGCUCCACUGGAUUGGAUGAGAGGAUGCGAUUGAGAGUGAAACCUUUCGUCCCAUAAUACGCCGCCUAAUAACUCACUCAUCCUUCCUUUCGUAAUUCUUUUCAACUACGUCAUUGGUCCUGUCACAUUCUAUUCACAAAAUGAGAUUUGCCGACUUGCUAGUAGACCUGGCUGCCGUGGCUAAUGCCUCCCGCUCCGUUGCCGGCAAACACGUUGCGCUCCGGGCCAGCCAGAUCGACAGAUACACUAAGACGAGUAGUAUUGCCAACCUAGCCAAGGAUCUUGGGAGAAGCAAGCAACAGCAGCAGCAGCAGCAGCAGCAGCAACAUUACCAACAACAGACACCGGAGUCGCAACAGCAGGAGCAGAGGCAGCAGGAUCCUUCAGCGUCGGUUGCUACCCAGCCCAAGAUUCCCCCAUCACCACUGGUAUCCGAGGCCAGGGUGUCUGCCGCUACGCCAGAGCCUCAAAAGUCGACAUCCAAACCGUUCACUCCUGCACCAUGGGCAGACCGGAAACCCCUUCCUCAGCCCAGUCCCUUCCCCAGACCACCAAGAAUCGGCGUCAAGAGCACAAUACCGGGGAUACCAGCCGACCUGGCAGCCCUGAAGGACGGGGCCAAUAGUGAAGAGGCUGGCGUCGAUCUCAGCAACAUCUUCAUGACGAACAAGGGUUCCAAGAUUUUGGAGGAGUUGAGCAAGGAGCCUACCGUUCCCGCAGUUGAGAUCACCUCUGAGCCGGUUCCUGCCGUUGUCCCGGAACUUAAGACGACCGAGGUUGAGGUUAAGGUGGAGGAGGAAGUCAAGGUCACUCAGCCACCAGUCGAACAGGAAUCGGUCCAGACGGUCGUUAAAGAGGCCAGACAGCCCAAGCCGGAAGAGAAGCCGACUCCGGUCGCGGAAGCCCCGGCGAGCACGCCAGCUCCUCCCCCGGCUGCCGUAAAGCCCACACCACAAGAGACAAAGGCCACUAAGCUUUCGCAAGAGGACGCAGACUUGGUUGCCGAGCUCACAGGCUCGCCUCUCCCAGCCUCUACCCGCCACGAACUCCGCGAGUCCAAGGUCCCAGCCUCCCGCAUCAGCAGACUAUGGAACUACGGCGGUCUCGCCGCCGGAAUGAUGGCUGGCGCUAUCGGCGAAGGUUUCAGCCGAGCCAUCGGCGGCGGCAGCUCCGGGUCCGUCAUGCUCAGCCCGGGCAACGUCGAGCGGCUGGUCUCCCGUCUUUCCCGGAUGCGUGGCGCCGCCCUCAAGCUGGGGCAGAUGAUGUCGAUUCAAGACUCCAAGAUGCUCCCACCCACGAUCCAGGAGGUCUUCCAGCGUGUUCAAGAUCGAGCCGACUACAUGCCGGCUUGGCAGCGCGACCGGGUUUUGGUCUCCAACCUGGGCGCCGACUGGCGCUCCCUGUUCGACGAGUUCGAAGAGAAACCCAUCGCAGCCGCCUCCAUUGGCCAAGUCCACCGCGCCACGCUCAAGUCCAACGGCGCCCGCGUCGCCGUCAAGAUUCAGUUCCCCGGCGUGGGUGACUCCAUCAACUCGGACCUCGACAACCUCGCCAUCCUGCUGGCCGCCACCAAGCUUCUCCCCAAAGGCCUGUAUCUGAACAAGACCAUCGACAAUGCGCGCACCGAGCUGGCGUGGGAAUGCGAUUACUUAAGGGAAGCCGAGUGCGGCGCCCGUUACAGGGAACUCCUUGCCGCGGAUGGGCAAGAAGACGCCGUCUUCGCCGUCCCGCACAUCUACUCGGAAGCCUCAGGCAAGCAAGUCCUUACCAUGGAGUGGAUGGACGGCGUGGGCGUCACGCGCGUCAAGGACUUCACGCAGGAACAAAAGGACUGGAUCGGCACCCAGAUCUUGCGCCUCUGUCUGCGCGAGAUCACCGAAUUCAAGUUUAUGCAGACGGAUCCCAACUGGACCAACUUCUUGUACAACCCCGAAAAACAACGGCUGGAGCUGCUCGACUUUGGCGCUAGCCGAGAAUACCCAGAGGAGUUCAUCUCGCUCUAUAUCCGCCUGCUCGAAGCGGCGUCGCGGGGUGAUCGCCCCGCGGUCAAGUCCCUUUCUGAAGAGCUGGGGUAUCUGACGGGUCAUGAGAGUAGAGCGAUGCUGGAGGCGCAUAUUACUAGUGUUGUUACACUGGCUGAGCCGUUCCUGCAGAGUGCGCCGGAGGUGUAUGAUUUCAGAAAUCAGACGAUUACGGAGAGGGUCAAGGCGCAGAUCCCCGUCAUGAUUCAUGAAAGGCUGGCACCGCCGCCGGAAGAGACGUAUAGCUUGCACAGGAAGCUCAGUGGGGCGUUUUUGUUGUGCGCGAGGCUGGGGAGUAGGGUCAGGUGUAGGGAGAUGUUUGAGAAGGCAUUGGAGAAGACGGAGUAUUUCGGGAAGAAAUGAGUGAAGUGUAUGUAUGAUAUUACACUGGCUGUGAGUCUGGUGGGAUAGAUUUGGAGGGUUAGACCAGAGUUUCUGCAAGUGAUUCUUUCUUCUUUCCU